AUGACACCAGGAGAACUUAUCACAUUGGUUCAGUUGAUGUUCAAUUUACCCAACUGCUAUAUUAAGGCUGCGAUUCUCUACUUUAAUCUGUGGAGGCUGGAAAAAGCUAAAGAAAUGUUGGAUGAGAUGGACAAGAGUUGCACUAGACAAGAAGAGAAGUUGCAAUUCGAUCUAUUAAUAAAACGCAUUCAAAGAUUAAGAUGCGACGGUGAUAAAAGUGAGGAUAAGAACUACGAGGAACUGACUGGAUGUAUCAAGGAUCACAAGCGCAUACUAGAAUACUGCAACAUCUUGAGGCCCCUCAUUUCAAGUACGAUCUUUUUUCAGUUUCUAGUUGUGGGCGUUGUAUUGGGACUUUCCUUUACCAAUCUCAUUUAUUUUAGCGACUUGUUGUCGGGUAUUGUAAAUCUUGCCUAUAUUUUUGGCUGUUGUUGCCAGACAUUUCCCUUUUGUUAUACCUGCAAUCUCCUGGAGGAAGAUGUUGAUCGACUUACUUUAUCAAUUUUUCAGUCAAAUUGGUUGAGUGCUUCACGACGUUAUAAAGUAUCUCUAGUUUACUUCUUGCACAAAGCUCAACAACCUCUUAAAUUUACUGCUGGCAGUAUUUUUGAAAUCUCUUUGCGGACUAACAUAAGCCUCGCGAAGUUGGCCUUUUCGGUUGUAACAUUUGUUCAAAAAUUCAAUUUGGCUGCAAAAAUGGAACGGGAAUAA